UGCAAAGCACGACCAUCUUCUGGAUAUGGGACAAUGAUUUUAACGGGCGUGGAUCCUUUAAAUGAAGCGAGGAGUGAGUAUAUAUGAGCGUGUGCAUGUGAGAUUUUCAACGAGAGAGAGAGAGAGCGAGCGCUGUGCAUUUCGACUGGGAUGAACACGCAUGAACCAUGUGGCACAAUAUCCACUCUUAAAUGUUCGACUCUCCUCUUGACAAUGAACAAAAAAAAGACUGCAAAUAUAAGAAAAUUGGGUGCAUUGUUCGUAUGAGAAUGGCAGCGCCCGAUUUACUCGACCCUAAAUCAGCAACUCAGAAUGCUAAGCCGAGGUUGUCCUUUUCUGCAAAACCGACGGUUUUAACUUCAGGAGCAGACAGCGACCUGAACCCAAGUGUUAUGAAAUGGAAGACUGCCUCCGUUUAUUUUCUGGUGGUGGUCCUUUACUUGAUAAUCGGCGCCACUGUGUUCCGAGCGCUUGAGCAACCUACAGAAAGCUCUCAGAAGACUGCGAUUAUUCUGCAGAAAUUGGAAUUUCUGGAAAAGAACAUUUGUGUCAACUCCCAUGAGCUAGAACUAUUGAUCCAGCAUGUGAUGGAAGCUAUAAAUGCAGGUGUUAAUCCUGCGGGGAACUCUACCAAUCAAAGCAGCCACUGGGAUUUAGGCAGCUCCUUCUUCUUUGCUGGCACCAUUAUAACUACCAUAGGUUUUGGAAAGAUUUCUCCAAAUACUGUAGGUGGAAAAGUAUUCUGCAUUAUUUAUGCCUUAUUAGGAAUUCCUCUGUUUGGGUUUUUGCUUGCUGGUGUUGGAGAUCAAUUGGGAACAAUAUUUGGAAAAGGAACCGCGAAAGUAGAAGACAUAUUUCUUAAAUGGAAGAUCAGUCAAACAAAAAUCCGUGUAAUCUCCACUUGCUUGUUCAUACUGUUUGGAUGUGUGUUGUUUGUGGUUAUCCCUGCUAUGAUAUUUAAACACAUUGAAGGUUGGACAGCUAUGGAGUCCAUCUAUUUUGCAGUGAUCACUUUGACAACAAUUGGAUUUGGUGAUUAUGUGGCAGGAGAGAGUCCAGAUAAAGAAUACCUCGACUGGUACAAACCUGCCGUGUGGUUCUGGAUCCUGGUAGGACUUGCCUACUUUGCCGCAGUGCUAAGUAUGAUUGGAGAUUGGCUUCAUGUCAUAUCAAAAAAGACACAGGAAGAGGUUGGAGAGAUGAGAGCUCAUGCUGCUGAAUGGACAGCCACAGUCACUGCAGAUUUAAAGGAGACACGCAGAAGAUUGAGUGUGGAUAUUUAUGACAAGUUUCAAAGGGCUGCAUCCAUCAAAAGAAAACUGUCCUCGGAGCUGGGGGGACAACAAAUGCAAGAAUUAACUCCCAGCAAGAGAACAUUGUCUGUUAAUCUAACUGAUGGAAUGGAUACAUUGCCUACUUUGACCAAAAAUGGUGGUCUUUAUCUUAAUGGAUUGAGUUCACAGUUUUCUAAUGAAGAUAUCUCAGUUAUUGAAGACAUCAACCAACAAGCAUGAACAAUAAUUAACAAAUGAACAGUAUUUGAAACCAAAUAAAAACAAUUUUUUUGAAGGUCAAAAGACAAUUUCCCUCAGAGAAAUCAUCAUCAGAUAAAACCUUUAUUAAAAUCAUUAGGUUGAAAGUUGACGGUGCUGUGAAAGAAUGUAGUUUGGAGUUCAUUCACUUCAAAAUGUAUAUUUGACCCAACUUCAAUUUUGAUCUGUAAAUUGCUUUAUACCAACGGAUAUUUCUAAUCACUGCCUUAACUUUUGGCAGAUGCAGACCUUGGCAUGUAUGUGCUUUCAAUGUCUGUACAGUUUAUCUGGUUUAUUGUUGUUUUCUACUCACAGAAGAUUGUAGAGGAAACAUCUGAAGAAUCUGGGUCGAACCUGAGCUUCAAGAACAUCAAAACAACAACCUACGUUUAGAUAGACUGCAGUUACAAGUGUUUCUCUAAGAGUCUUUGAUAAAUAAAGUAAAUCAUAUGGAUA